CACGUGGGUAACUUAUACUUACUUACAAGUCAUCUCCGGGCCAUUGACGACGAUUCGGAACCGUUCGAGAGGAUAAGUAUAACAGUCAAGAGCUUCAAAAUAUUAACUUCGCAUCCUUCCGUGAUGUCUAUAUACCAUGUCUAUUCGCUACCUUCUGACCUCCUGCAAUCACUCGUACCACGAAACUCCCCGGUCGGUGAUAAUCAGCCUGCUCCUCUAUCGAUAGAAGCCAUUCCGCCGUCAUCAACUUCUGCAACAACAGCAUGCAAUAUCUGCCUAGGAGUCUCUUUUGCCGAUGUCGAUCAACAGAGAACUCAUUUCAGAUCGGAUUGGCAUAGGUACAAUGUCAAAAAUCGGUUGAAUGGUGGUCAACCUGUAUCAGAGUCCGACUUUAACCAGCUCAUUGACGCCCUCGAGGAUUCGUUGUCUGGAUCGGAAUCAUCUGACGAAGAAAUAGACUCUGACUCUGGCCACGAUGCAGUUUCUACCCUCGUCGACAAACAAAAGCCGCGUAAAAGGUCGAUCUCCCCAGAAUUUUCUACAAGACGAAGUCCUCGUACUGCGAUUUCCUGGUUCCAUUCUUCCCCGUCUACUCAAAUUGGGGUUUAUCGCGUACUGUUUCCGUAUGAUAUACCGGAGGAUGAUCACCUUCAAGCAUUAAAAGACCUGCAGGAAGCAAAAUCCGGUGGCCGCAGUUGGGCCAUGUUCAUGGUCGCUGGUGGUCAUUUUGCUGGAGCUAUCGUUCGUGUCAGUAACGCCGGAAAAGAGUCUGAAGUACAGUCUAAGAAAACUAAGAAACCAGUAUCUGAUAUGGAAGUGCUGAGGCAUAAAACGUUUCAUAGAUAUACCACUCGUAGGAAGCAAGGUGGCUCACAAAGUCUCAACGAUAACGCCAAAGGUAAUGCAAAGAGUGCCGGUGCACAGCUACGACGAUAUGGGGAGCAAGCUUUGCGAGAGGACAUUCGGGCUCUUUUGUCUGCCUGGGAAGAAGAAAUUCAUGACUGCGAGAUAAUAUUCAUCAGAGCCAGCGGCCCCAAUCGAAAAAUUUUCAUGGACUAUGAAGGAAGCCCCAUCUCCAAAACUGACGAACGUUUACGCACUUUCCCGUUUCCAACUAGGCGACCAACACAAUCUGAACUGUCUCGUUGCUUGCAGGAGUUGACAAGGGUCAAAGUUUCGCACUUCACUGAAGAGGUUCUGAGAGCUCAAGAUGAAGCUUACCUUGCAUCCCUCCCGAAACCCAAACCAAUACCUGCUAUUCCGGCACCAUUGGCACCCGAAAAACCCAAAAGCAAACAGGUCAAGCUAAGUAAGGAAGAGGAAAUACUCCGAGAAAAAUGGCAACGACUUGUGGAGAUGGUCAGCAAAGGGCGGUUAGAGCCACUGAUUGCCUUCUGGGAGCGUGAAGGGAACAAUCUUGGAGGUAUUAAUGUUCGACUACCAGAAUGGAUCGGGGAGAAACGUGUCGCGACGUUACUGCAGCUUGCAACCUUCUCGGGCCAAGAGGAUGUGACGAAUUGGAUGCUGGAGAUGUGUGCAGAUCCCACCAUACCCGUUCCCCGUUCGGAAGACGAAGCUGAUAGUGUAGAAGGGGAUGAAUCUGCUUCCAAGCGGCGACGUACUGCAUAUGACCUUGCCCAAUCUCGUUCCAUUCGUGAUGUGUUCCGUCGUAAUGCUGGGGCACAUCCAGAUUGGUGGGACUGGUUUGGUGCUGCACAUAUUCCGAGUGCACUCAGCAAAGAGAUGGAGGACGAACGCGAUGAAAAAAAGAAGGUCCGACGGAAAGGAUUAAAAGAUCGGUUAAAAGAGCGAGAGGGUAAGGAGAAAGAGAAGCCAACAGUGGAAGAAAGUGCACCGUUCAUUUCCUUUCCAUCAAUUGGUCCUCAUAAACUUGGAGGCAGUGCUGGUGAUACUGCAGGCACCGCAGGCUUGACAUCAGAAAUGAAAGCAAAGAUUGAAAGAGAGAGGAGGGCUAGAGCUGCAGAAGCACGACUAAAAAAGUAACAUUAAAGCAGUAUUCAUCAUAGGGUAUAAUGGCACAAUGUCUUUCUGGCAGCUGCUUUGAGUACAUUAGGAACAGUGCAAUGCUUUUCUGACUUCUAUGGAACCAGGUCCAGACAUAACUAGGAUUUGUGCAACUCUUGCUUCAGCG